CGAGCGGGCCGCUCAGUCUAAUUUGAACCGCCGCGCGCACCCGAGCUUUGCGCGCACACGCACAGGCUGCAACCUCCCGACCGGUUGAUAACCCUCUCGUAACGUCUCUCCCGCUGGCUCGCAGUCGUCCGCAGUGUUUUUCUUUCUUCUUUCCGUCGCCGUUAUCUGUCCGUCGCGCGGCACCGCGCCCCACCAGUGCGUGCGUACCGUCGUCUCUCCUUUUUAUCCCGCGUAUUUUUCCUUAUUUUCGUACGCGAAGACGGUUAUCGGCGAGCAGCCACAUCUGAUACGGCCGUGGACCGCGGCGAGAUUACGGAUCGGUAAUCGUGGAAAGGGAGAGCAGGAGUGAGCAGCGGCAGUGGCGGAAGCCCACGUGGACCGGCAGCUACAUCGAGAAGGCGGGCCGUUUGAAAAUGUCAUCGGCGGUGCUGGCGGUGCCGCUGAUACGCGCGCAGUGAGUCACGAUGCGCAGUGGGACAGAGGCAGAGUGUGUUGUGCAGCCACAGCCUCGUCCACGUCGUCGAUCUCGGACGACCUGGCCGGAGGAGUGAGCGUUAUCGGUAUACGACAGCGGCUGUUCAAGGACGCAUGAUGCUACCGAGUUCGGACGGCGACGAGCAGAAGACGACGAGGAAGAGCUAUUUGAAGCGGAUCUCGCGAACGGGCAGGAGGCAGGCGGAUAUCUCGGUCGUCCGCAGCUAUGCAGCCGCAGCAGCGGCGGCAACGUGGGUUCGGCCGUCAGUGCAGCAGCAGCAGGUCCGCUAGAAAUUAAUGGGCAUCGGUAGCCGCCGUCGCAGCCGCGACAAGCAGCGCAUCGCGGAUUCCAGAGCUAGCAGCAGCCACAGCAGCGGAAGAGGUAUUUAAAGAGGUGCAGGCUAGCGCGGAGAAGAUGAAUUCGGCCGCCAGCGCGGGAUCACGGAUGACGGCCUAAAAGAGAGAGAGAGAGAGAGAGAGAGAGAGAGAGAGAGAGAGAGAGAGAGCACGCGCGCGAGCGAGCGAAUCGGAGAAGAGGCGAACGAAAGAGGAGAGGCCCGCGAGGUAAAAAGCGAAAGCCGAAAACUCGAGGGGCGGAGGGCAGUGCAAGCGGCAGCAGGCAAAAUGAGGCGCAGGCCGGCGGCGCUGCGCGAGAUCAGCAGAAGCAGCAGCAGCAGACCACCCCGAGUCGGGGAGCUCGCGCGUCAGCAGCACCGCCACCGUCGCGUCAGCCGCGACACCCGGUAAACUGAGCCCGAGUCGGCCACGAUCGCGAGUGCCCGUGCGACUGUGCUUCGACUGUUGCUCGAGUGCGCGAACUUACACCUUGUGUGUGCCCGAUUGAUAAGCAGAAACGCGUCUCUGCGGAUGUUGUGCGAAGAAUAACAAGGAACAGGCAUACGGAUAGACUGGAGAAUCGGUCGCGGAGAGCGCGGACGAGGACGAUGUGGCGGUGGUCGCUGCUCCUCGCCGGACUGCUGGGCGGCUGCUGGGCAGUGCUCCUCGCUCAGGCGGCCGACCGGCCGAACAGCUACGCCGACGACUACCACUACGGCAGGACCAUGCUCUUCGGCCUGGAGCCGGCGAGGGCACGUGCCCUGAGGCACCGCAGGCAGAUGGAGGCGCUGCGCCGCUCGCCGCCGCAGCUGCGCUACGCCAACGAGACGCUGGGCCUGCUGCAGGACCGCUCGCGAGUCGGCCGGUCCCUCGAGCUCGACCGCGAGCUGCAGCGCGCGCAGCAGCGCGGCAGGGCCAACCGGACUCGGGCGGACUCGGCUCGCGAGCAGCGCCGCCGCUGUCGGAACCGCAACUGCCGCGGGCGGAACUGGUGCCCGGACGUGGACGUCGGCAACCGGGCCUUCCUCGCGCCCACGGUCUUCGAGGGCAAGGCCCGCAGCAUGUCCUCGGUCCGCAAGCCCGGCUCGAACUACGCGGUGACCUUCGAGGUGAAGCAGGUCUACAAGAGCCAGCCGGGCUUCUUGCCCCUGCAGAAGAACGACAGCGUGCGGCUGCACUUCCGCGACAAGACUGUGCCCGGCAAGUCGACGCUCUGUGCCGGCAGCAAUCAGCAGCAGCAGCAGGCCCGCGCGCAGCAGAAGGAUCGCGAGAGUGCCGGAGUGGUGCGCGCUAAUAUCAAGCGGGGUAAAGUGUAUCUUGUGUUUGUGAACCGCGUGGGACCCAGGAACUUCACGAUCCUCGGCGAGCCGGUCAUACGCAGCAAGAAGAACGAGCAGGCCGUCCAGGCCGUCAUUCGUCCCGACUACGUGAGAGAAGUCACGUUAUCCGAGCUAAGAGACUCAGUGGCGAGGUACCGGGACAGAGUUAAGCUCGUGUGUCGAACGAGGGGCUCGCCACCUCCGAGAGUACACUGGCUUAAGGAUGGAGUUCCUCUGCAGCCGCGAAGAGGUCUUCGGAUCCAACACAAACGGCGGAGAUCAAAAGUAGUGAUAUCGUCUGCACGACCGGAAGACAGCGGCAGAUACGAAUGUGUGGCUGAAAGCACUUCCGGUCAUAGGACUUCACUCGCAGCCCAGCUUCUAGUCGUUCAUGAUACGAGAAUUCCGGAAACCACGACAGCACCGUGGUUAAGGCAAGAGCAGCCCUGUCCGAUCGCAGGAGACUUUUGCAUGAACGGUGGUACCUGUCUAUUUUUCGAGACAGUCGGAGAGCCAGCCUGCAGGUGCGCGGAAGGCUUCACAGGACUGAGAUGCGAGACCAAGGACGUCAUCAGUACCGGAAACAUGGACAUCGACAAAUUCUCUUCGUUCACCGAGGACCUAGAUCUCGCCCGCUUCUAGCGCAUCUAGCGGCACUGUCAAGCUUGCACACCGGGACAUUCAUCGUGUUUUGUUUUAUUGUAGCCUUAACCCCCGUCAAGUUUUCAUCCGAUUCCACAUCCACCCUCUCGUUCCGCUCCUUCUCCUUCUGCCCGGCGGAGGCAAGAAAUAAUGAAAGGAUUCUCCCGCCGCUGGUUGCGAUGCCCUUUUUCGCCGGUCACACCGCCGCCUGACCAUGUGUCAUCCUUGCUCCCGCCGCUCUUGUUGCUGCUGUUGCUGCUGCAUACGUGGAUUCUUCGCUAAAGUCCAGAGCUUCGUGAUCUUCGACGUCACUGCGGCGAUUCACGAGAGCGAACGUCCCCUGCUCGUCUUCUUAUUUUUCAUCUCGAAGGUUCUACUGGAUUGUCACACCGUCGCUGCUGCUGCUGCUGUACUCGACUGCAUUGGAGAAAGCUCUUCUUGUCGCUGUGCGCGCGUGUAUCCGGACUGCUGACGCAGGACAUCGACGAGGGAUAACGCUUAUCCGAGGAGAACGGCCGAGGAAAGAAGCACAAGCCUGAUGCGCGAGCGAGACGAGCAGCGCGCAGCGCCGUCGAAAAUAAACUCUUGGCAAGCCUAUGCAGCGGCGGCAGCGUCCCAUGGACGCGCGCACUGGAUAUUUUCGCCCGUGCGCGGAGAUGAGAGCAGCAACAGCCGGAGAAUGGGGACACGGGGCCGACGAAAGUGUCUCGGCGCCACGCGGCAAGGAAAUACGAGAAGAGGAAGCCCCGCUGGAGAAGCGUCUGGAAAAGCUGCGCGCGCUAAAGCUUGCUGUGUGUUGGAUAAUCGGCGAAACGCCGCGGACUGUGCUUCCUGCAGUUUCGGCCGAGUUUCGGAGUUUGCUUUGCCGCAGACGCGGCUCGAGCGCGAAUUUUCACGGUGAUGUUUUUUUUUGCUUUUAUAUUACAAACGGAGUUUAAUAACAACAAAAGGCGGAUUACUUUUCAAGAUACCGUUUUUUUUUUCUUUUUUGACAGAGUCCAUGAAAAUCGGCCGUUUUUAUUCGCGAUACACUUCCGAACUACUUCACUGCACAUCUCGGCUUACGAAACAGAUAUAUUUUCAAUCGCGCAGAGUCUUGCUCCGAUUUCGCCGCAAUUAAUACAACCGCGCUGGAUAUAACCGUAUCGCGCGCGCUGUCCGGGCUUAAUUACCAAACCCAAUUAGUCCCUGGAAAAGAAAUCGAAAAAUGAAUUUCACGCCCGAUAUGUGCAAUGAAGGUGGAGGUCGCGCCCGCGCACAAAGGAAACUCCGCGAAGCGCCUAUAUAUGUGUAUACAUGCCGUAGACCAGAGUGCAGCCAGCGUAUGUAGAGGAGAGCGCGCGUGUACACCAUAUUAUAGAGAGCUGAACUUCAUCCGGGCCAUUUGCAAACUCGUGCGCGCAAACGAGGAUUCGAUGCGAGGUAUAGCCGGGCGGAGGGAGAGUGAGGGUGAGAGAGAGAGAGAGAGAGAGAGAGAGAGAGAGAGAGAGAGAGAGAGAGAGAGAGAGAGAGAGAGAUUGCUCGAGCCGCAGAAGCAGCUUUCAGCCGAGCGCAGUUUCGGUCAGCUGGCGAGGAAGAUUGGCUCUCGGCGCAGCUGGGCGCGCUCUGAUUAAUUAAAUAAACAACUAACGCCGGUCGACGGCUCUCUCUCUCUCUCUCUCUCUCUCUCUCUCUCUCUCUCCUUCGAUAUUCCUCCGCUCCUUAUCUACGAAUCGUCUUAUUUCAUUGGGGACGCGUCAAAGGCAAUGUUAGCGCGUUGUCAUCAGAUAUCGGCUGAUGUGCCAAAUGAAAAAUCGAUGUGUAUGGUUAUAAUAUUUAUGUAUACUCAUUCAACUGUAGCAUACGUAAUUAUAUCUAUAUUUAUAUUUUACAUGAAAAUAGACUUGCGUUCAGAUUCGAUCGCGGUGUUAGACAUGCAAAUUCAUUGAUAUAAUAAUUUAUCAUCUAUAAAAUUAGUAUAUAUUUCGACGGAGAAAACGUCAAUCGUGAAAAACUGCGCAACGGAAUAUAGCGCGAUUACAAUGAGUCGCGCGUUAAAUAAACGAUUGAAUUUGCCUUUGACGCUAAUGGAAAAUAUCGGUCGUCUGAAGGGAAAAACCGAGCAUCGAAUCAAACUCCGUCCUCGGACGCGCAGAUGGUUAAUAUUGGCGGUAAAAUCGUUUAAACAUUCGAGAGAAAAAAACAGGCGAAAAUUCGCGCCUCAGCGGAGCGGGAGUUGGUUCCACUUUUUCAAGAAUACAGCACACACACACACACACAUACACAAAUCUUUCAGCUAUACAUAUAACGUUAUAAAUGUCCGUGCAAGCUUACUAGUGCCGCUGAACUUAAAUUUAAUGAAAUGUAUUACGUGUUUAAGGCUGCUCUUUUCUUGUUGAACGCAUUAUGCGCGUACCUCGAUCAACAAAUGGAUUUGUACAAAGUUUCUACAAAAUUUCUUUCUACACGAUAACGUAAUAUAAAUAUUGUAUAAGUGUGCAGCGGUCGACUCGUUGUUUUAUUUUUCGGAAGAAGAGCCCAUUUCCACUCCUUCGCUCAUUGCGACGCAUUCUCGUCUCUUAUAUAAAUUGAAGUGCGGGAGACUGCGACGCUUCGAAUGCCAUUAUAUUUGCCUAUAAGUAAUAAGGCAUUGCAAAGGCCAUAAUUGUUUGUGGCUUUACACAAGAUGUUGUAUAUAUAUCAUAAUUAUGCAUUCGCAUCGAGAAGACGCAGUUUUUUUCGAGGGUCGUCCUCGACUCGUGGCAGUUUCCCCCACGUAUAUAUUUGAGAGUGCAAUAAGAGAGCGGGUGAAAUGGGUAAUUUCAAUACGAUGUAAUUCGAGGACCACUAUUACGUAUAGUGUUAUAUUAAAAUACAAAAGUGAUAAAGAAAAGAGUACUUUUGGGACUUUAUUUACGAACGCUUGUAUGAAUAUUACAUGAUUUAAAUGCGUGUACGAUUGUAAAACUGCAAACAGCAAGAUCAAUGUAGUGAUCGUACUAUGGUAAAAGAUUCUCGUUCAGAUUGUUUCUUAUACAUAUUACAUAGACGAUAUGCAAUUAACGCCUUAUGAGUAUUUUUGUACAUAAAUACUUGAAAGUUGACGUACUUCUCAUUCACUUCUAUAGCCACAUACCUAGAUAUAUGUAGGUCGAAGCGUCGCGCCAACACAAAAUAGUAUAAUGAUAUAAUUUAUAGUAGACACUAGGAUACCGCGAGAGUAUGGAUGCAAGUGCGAGCAGAAAUAAACGCUUCCGUAGUGAGGGGAAUAACAGCGGGCGCGGCGUUAUUAUACCUGUGAAUAAUGACGAAUUCGCGAAGCAAAGUAUGUGUGCCCUCUUCUCCGCGAGGAAGAACGAGAGAGAUAUUGUAUAUUGCGUUUCAAAGUCGCGCGCGGUCGGCGGCUUUACAAAUGAUACUAGUCAAUGAUAUCGUGUCCUAAGAAACAAACCAAUAGUUUGCCAAGCGAUCAGCCUAAUAGUGUUUGUACUUAAUCUGAAAAUUCUCGCGCGCGCGCAUAUAUAUAUAUAUAUAUAUAUAUAUAUAUAUAUAUAUAUACACACACACACACAUACACACACACACAUACCUGUAUAUAAUACACAUUGCAGACACUUGUGCGAGAGAUACCUAUAGAGAUGCGAGCCAAGGGGUCACGUCCUGGGACGAACUGCGUGUAUAUGUCUGGCUCGUCGGUAUCAUAACACUUUCACUGCGCAUUUUGGCAGUAUGUUCUCGAGCCAGCUCCGGCGAAAGAGAGGAGAUGUCUAAACUCCACCGAAGCUCGCAAUGUGUAUUUAUGACUUUUCUUUCGGAAAGUUUUCAAAGAGAAAAGUUGUAUGCGUGAGCUGCAAUAAAGAAUGAGAGGGGCGAAGGAAAGAAAGACGUUGGAUUGAGUGCUAGGUAUCGUGUACUUAUAUGAAAGAGGCGUUUGCCUGCGUGCGCGGGAUAUGACGAUUGCGAUGCCGUAUUAUGCUCAUCAUAAUUAGGAGAAGCUUUCGUAUACGCGGAUGCUGGGAGAACAAAAAUAACUAUCAUCUGGCGUUGAAGCGCUGAAAGUGUUUUUGGUACCGAUGACUUCGUGAGAUCUAUAUCGUCGCAGUAGCGGAAAGAAAGUUGGUAAAGUAACUCAAAACAGUAGCCAAUUGAAAAAUAAAAAAAGUGUAUUUUACGAUAUUUUAUGCCUAUAAGCAAGCGUCGCGCUAUUAGCAAAAACAGAGAAAAAAAGGAAAAAAAGAUGAGAAGCUACAUAGUUAUGGCCAUCACCGAAGUAGGUAUGUAUAACAUAAUUUUAAGACCUAAGUGGAAACGUGUAAAAUAUAUAUACGAAACGAAAGGUAAAUGUAAUAAAUAGUACGAAAGAAAUCUUCGACUCGGUCUACCGUAAAGUGCAUCGUUCAAUUGAAGAGAAUGACGAUGCGUGUAUACUCAUAAGGUUUCGUUGUUUUGCGCCAUGAUGCCCAAAGCAUUUUCAUAUUGUACAAUUCAUCGAAAAUUCGUCAUCGAUCGUAUUACUUAAGAUUGAAAAAAGUUUAGAAACAUUGUCGUAGUGAAAAAUCAUAUUAUUUGGUAUAACGCUCGUUUGUGUAAAAAUUAAUUAAUAAUUAUCAAGCAUAACCGCAAAUGCGCGCUCUAAUCAAAUCAACUUUUAAAAAUAGUUCCUGGCGAUUCUAUUUGAAAAUAAAGUUACGCAUGUAUUUGUGUAUGUGAAAUUAUAAUGUUAUAAUUGUUCGAAAAGUAUCGAAUGCAAAUUAAAAUGACUGAGUUAUAAUGUUAAAAGCUUGAACAUAUAUUUUAUUUCGAGCCAAACGAAGGUUUGUGAAAACGUUCAGUUGCUUUUUAAGGGUUUUCAUAUGUAAGCACGAAUCAUCAACAACAUGCCACAUGAAAUUGUUUAGAAAUAUAUAAAUAUAUUAUAUGAUGAUUGUUACAUACUGUUUUCAAAUUGUAAAUACCGAAGUAUAGAGUCGUAACUGAAACUGACAAAAAUGGAUUUAAAGACAUCAGGAAAACAUCAGGAAAUACCUAAAAUGACUUGUAUGUAUAGAUGUUCCAAUGAAACUAAUUUACAAGAAAAAAAAAAA